AUGGCAAUAAGUAAGGAUUUGCCACUACCACUGCCACCCAAUGUGGUAAUAAAUAAGUUUGCUGCUACCACUACCACUCAAUAUAGUACUAUCAAAUUGGUUCCUAUUACCAGAACUUUUAGAAAAUAUCCUGAACUUGUAAAUAUUCUCAACACUUAUAUAAGUGCUUGUAAAGCUGCUAUUCAACAAAGUUCUGACUCUAUAACUGCUACAAAAUGCCUUUGCAAAGGUAAUUGCUUGAAAAAUCAUUGUAAAUAUAAAAAG